AUGGUAUGUGACAACAUCAGUAUCUCCAUAUAUCCCACGGUCUAUUCCAUCCUCCCAUUUUUAUGCAAGAAUGCUAAGAGACCCCCACUGCAUUUGCAGGCCCAAACCCCCCAACAACGCCGCGCAAAUGAGCGCUACGCCAAACUCGAGGCUGCAAAGCGCGGCAAGCCAGAUACGGGCGUCAAGACAAAACCAAAGAAAUCGCCUAUACCGGUAGGUUGGGUUGUCGUCCUCGCCUUCGUCGUGUGUGGUGGUAUGCUCUUUGAACUGCUCAGAGUUGUCCCUGAGCUGUGGGGGAUUAUUUCAGCGUUUUUGACUAAGCGGACGAGUUAA